AUGGAAGAGAUGGAAGAGGAGCUGAAAUGCCCGGUGUGCGGCUCCUUUUACCGGGAGCCCAUCAUCCUGCCCUGCUCGCACAACCUGUGCCAGGCGUGCGCCCGCAACAUCCUGGUGCAGACGCCAGACUCGGAGUCUCCGCAGAGCCGCCGCGCCUCGGGCUCGGCCGUCUCCGACUAUGACUACCUGGACCUGGACAAGAUGAGCCUGUACAGCGAGGCGGACAGCGGCUACGGCUCCUACGGGGGCUUCGCCAGCGCUCCCACCACGCCGUGCCAGAAGUCCCCGAACGGGGUCCGCGUGUUCCCGCCGGCCGCGCCGCCUCCCCCGGCCGCGCUGGCGCCGCCGCCGCCGCCGCGCAACGCGUGCCUGACGUGCCCGCAGUGCCACCGCAGCCUGGUGCUGGACGAGCGCGGGCUGCGGGGCUUCCCCCGCAACCGCCUGCUCGAGGGCGUCAUCGACCGCUACCAGCAGGGCAGGGCGGCGGCCCUGCGGUGCCAGCUCUGCGAGAAGGCGCCCAAGGAGGCGGCCGUGAUGUGCGAGCAGUGCGACGUGUUCUACUGCGACCCGUGCCGCCUGCGGUGCCACCCGCCGCGGGGACCGCUGGCCAAGCACCGCCUGGUGCCGCCGGCCCAAGGCCGCGUCAGCCGCCGGCUCAGCCCCCGCAAGAUCUCCACCUGCACCGACCACGAGCUGGAGAACCACAGCAUGUACUGCGUGCAGUGCAAGAGCCCCGUGUGCUACCAGUGCCUGGAGGAGGGCAAGCACUCCAGCCACGAGGUCAAGGCGCUGGGAGCCAUGUGGAAGCUCCACAAGAGCCAGCUUUCCCAGGCCCUGAAUGGUUUGUCAGACAGAGCCAAGGAGGCAAAGGAAUUCCUGGUCCAGCUCCGUAACAUGGUGCAGCAAAUCCAGGAGAACAGUGUGGAGUUUGAAGCCUGCCUGGUGGCUCAGUGUGAUGCCCUCAUCGAUGCCCUCAACAGAAGGAAAGCCCAGCUGCUGUCCCGGGUCAACAAGGAGCAUGAGCACAAGCUGAAGGUGGUGAGGGACCAGAUCUCACACUGCACGGUGAAGCUGCGCCAGACCACGGGGCUGAUGGAAUAUUGCCUGGAGGUCAUCAAGGAGAACGACCCCAGUGGCUUCCUGCAGAUCUCGGAUGCUCUCAUCAGGAGGGUGCACCUGACCGAGGAUCAGUGGGGGAAGGGGACCCUCACCCCUCGCAUGACCACGGAUUUCGACCUGAACCUGGACAAUGCCCCUCUGCUGCAGUCCAUCCACCAGCUGGACUUUGUCCAGAUGAAAGUCUCCUCCCCAGUGCCGGCCCCACCCAUCCUGCAGCUGGAGGAGUGCUGCACCCACAACAACAGUGCCACCCUGUCCUGGAAGCAGCCCCCUCUGUCCACGGUGCAGGUGGAAGGAUACAUCCUGGAGCUGGACGAUGGCAAUGGUGGCCAGUUCAGGGAGGUGUACGUGGGCAAGGAGACCAUGUGCACGGUGGAUGGGCUGCACUUCAACAGCACCUACAGCGCCCGGGUCAAGGCUUUCAACAAGUCAGGAGUCAGCCCCUACAGCAAGACCCUGGUCCUGCAGACCUCCGAGGCAGGGGGUAGUGGGGAGCAAAAGCCUCUGGCCAACACACAGUCAGAAGAACAGACCCUCCCUUUUCCAGUGCCUUUGGAAAGAUCGCAGCUUCGUAGAAUGAGUCCUUUCUCCUCCACCCUUAAUCUGCAACCCAGCUUCUCGGGGAGAUCCUACUUUGAGCUAAGAUCUUCGGCCCACCAGCUGAGCUUGCAUUCCUCCUUACAGUCCCUCAAUUCAGCCGGAUGCAAUUUUGACACACAAGGAUCGCCUUACUCCCAAUUAGUUGACAUUAAAAAAAUGGUGGCAGUCGCUUGGUUUUCUUUCGACCCCUCCUCUGCCCACGCUGACAUCAUCUUUUCCAACGACAACCUGACUGUCACCUGCAACAGCUACGAUGACAGGGUGGUGCUGGGCAAGACGGGCUUUUCCAAAGGGCUGCACUACUGGGAGCUGUCCAUCGACCGCUACGACAACCACCCCGACCCCGCCUUCGGCGUGGCUCGCAUCGACGUCCUCAAGGAUGCCAUGCUGGGCAAGGACGACAAAGCCUGGGCCAUGUACGUGGACAACAACCGCAGCUGGUUCAUGCACAACAACUCCCACACCAACAGAACCGAGGGUGGGAUCACCAAGGGAGCCACGGUGGGAGUGCUGCUGGAUCUGACCAGGAGGACUCUGACAUUCUCCAUCAACGAGGACCAGCAAGGGCCCGUGGCCUUCGAGAACCUGGAGGGGCUCUUCUUCCCUGCUGUCAGCCUCAACAGGAACGUGCAGGUGACACUGCACACCGGGCUGCCGGUGCCCGAGUUCUACGCUUCGCGCUCGGCCAUGCCCUGA